AUGGAUUCAUCGAUCAUUAUUGAAAUGAAUCGUUUACUACGACAGUGUCAUGUGGAUCGGAUUAGGAUGACUCCAUUUAUGUGGUGUUUGAAUAUUCAAAGCCCUGUGGAGGUGAAUUUGAAAUUAUUGAAGGUUAUGGUUUGCAGGUGGGUUGGGCAUGAUAACAGUUUUAGAGUAAGUCAAAAGUUGGUGCCCUUUAGAGUUAUUGAUGUGUUCAUGAGCAUAGGUUUAGAAAUAGGUGGUUUAGAGAUUCCCUUUGAUGAAGUAGUUGGUGGAUUGGUGGGUGAAAUGUUCAAAUCAAAAACCAUAAGUUUGAAUGACUUGAGGGACAUGUUUAAUGUCAUUGUUCAUGAUAAAAACAUUGAUGUUGAUUUAAAUAUGGAGUGGUAUCUACGAAAGGAAGAUCGUCAUAGGCCGGAAAUCCGUGUAGCUUUCAACAUGGAUGACGAAGGGAUGAGUGAAGGAUCCUUGGCUGAAGGAUCCAAGGUUGAGAAAGAUGAUGAUGAUUAUGAUGACGGAAGCUCUGAUGACGGGACAUGGGAAGCAGGUGCCGAGGAGAGAUUGAGGAAAAACAAUGAAGAUAUCAGAGCAUUGAAUGCCAAGAUUGGAGUUCUUACUAGGGAGUUAUUUGAAAUUUGUCAAACUCCAAUCUUUACUGAAGCAGAUGCAUGUGGCACUGAUGAAGAGGUUGGUGGUGGAGUUGAUGAAGCACCUGAAGUUGGAGGUGAGGAGAAGCCUGAAGUUGGGGCAGACGAAGAGGCUGAAGUUCGUCGUGAUUGUGGAUUUGAAGAAGAAGGUGAUGGUAAUGCAGUUCAUGACCCCCUAGGUGCAUAUACUGAAGCAAGAGGGGAGGAUAAAACCGCACAUGAAGAGGAGAUAGUUUCAAGAACUGUUGAUAACAUUAAUUUUAUUGAAAUCGAUGAUGAUGGUGAUCAAGAAGAAUAGGAGGUUGUACCAUUGGUUAUACCCCCAUUGUGCAGUUUUGUUGGUGAUCCAAGCACCACUGUUGAUGUACAGCAAUUGUACACAGCAGUCAGCGUCAGAGAGAUGACCGUAUACAGGGUUGUAUGCGAGAUAAUUGGGCAAACCUUGAGCAACACCUCAUUCUACACUUUGGGCCCGAUAAAAUACGUUGA